AUGAAUUUCUUAUUCCGCUCGCGUCCGGCUCAACCGGCCACAGUGCCUUCAGAUACAAUAGUACCCCUUCGGUCCUGGGAUACAGCCCUGUCCAUGCGUGGUACAGUCCUAGAUACUGCAUUGAUUUUCCACGAUGUGCUGGACAUCUCCAAACUUCAUGCUGCUCUGGAUCAGCUGUAUUCCACUGGCAAUUGGAGGGAGCUUGGAGCUCGACUACGUCUGAAUGAAAACGGACGUUUAGAGUAUCAUAUACCGCAAUGCUAUGACGAUGCCCGACCCGCCUUUAUAUUCACCUAUGCCAGACACGAGAUGCCCAUCGGUUCCCAUCCGCUGGCAGCCCAAUUCCCCGAGGCCACAGGGAAAGCCACGCUCUUCGCCUCACCAGAAAAUUUUACUCCGCUUGUGCGUAGCAAGGCUACUCCCCGAAAGCUAGACGACUGGAUAUAUUCCGACAAUCCUCAGCUUUUUAUCCACGCUGUUAGUUUUGAUGAUGCGACAAUCCUCACUGUCACCUUCCCACAUACUCUGACCGAUGUCAUGGGAAUUGGCAUCUUCAUGAGGGCCUGGUCUGCCAUGGUUCGCGGAGACCUGACCGCCAUACCGACUCUGGAAGGCUUCGAAUCAAAUCCUCUGACAGAGCUCGGCAAGCGAACACCGGCAGAAAAAUAUAUGCAUUUUGACCGGGUACUCAACAAAGGCCAGCUGCUUAUGUUUGUUGGUCGGCGCCUGGCCGAUUCGCUUUGGUAUCGCCAGGAAGAAAGACACACAAUCUUCCUGCCCGCGAGAUGCGUGAGGAAGAUGCACAUAAAGGCCCUUGAGCAGCUUGCAAGCUCGUGUGACAAUGGAUGUGCGAAGUCCAAUCCUUUUCUCAGCGAGAGCGAUAUUAUACUAGCAUGGUGGGCACGCACACUCUAUAUUGCACUCGGCCUACUACCAAGCCAACGAAUUCUUGUCAACAACGCUUUCAACCUGCGUACGUCACUGCACGAUAGCUUUUCGUCUCCUGGAAGUGCUUACUUGGGGAAUGCUGUCUGUAUGUCACCUACCUUUUUACAGGGACGCCAGAUCCAGGAGGAAUCAUUAAGCAAUGUCGCCUGGAAAAUCCGGCAGUCAGUAGCCCUGCAGCAAACGGCCGAGCAGGUCGAGGCUGUUACUGCGCUAUUGAAGCAAACUAUGGAGAAGUCGGGCUACCUCGCAUUGAUCGGUGAGCCCGGUAUGCUGCUUCUCUCGUCUUCAAAUUGGCACAAAGCUGGAAUGUACGGCUUGGACUUUUCUUCGGUGGUGACUGCGUCUGGAAAAGACCUUAACAGCCGGGCGCACGGUAUUGGAAAGCCAUCGUAUGUAAAUGGAGUUCUACAUUCCGAUCUAUCAUUCAGAAAUACUUUUGCUGUGACAGGAAGGGAUGCUGGUGGGAACUGGUGGCUCAACGGCGUUCUGCGGACUGAUGCAUGGGUGAAGGUUCAGGGAGAGCUUGAGAAAAUAGAAGAUUGA